GCAUCUCACUCAUAUUAUUAUUUUUCAGCUUGGGGUCUUCUGUGUUACUGUGAAGGACUGUGCCCUGACCCUAAUAACUUCAAUGGUACAUGUGAAGCUAUGCCCAACUCAUUCUGCUUCAGUGCUGUAGAGCUUCAUUAUGAUGUAGAAACAGAUGAAAUGAAGGAGGAGCGCACUUAUGGGUGUCUUGGACAAGAUGAGCUUGGUCUUAUGCAGUGCCAGGCAUACUUAAUAGAGCACUAUCGUCCCAAGAAUAUCUCUUGCUGUAGAGAGUAUGACAGAUGUAAUGAGGGUCUCUUACCACAGCUCUCCCCCCAGAAACCAUCUGUUGCACCACCAAGAGAUUUCUCAGAGAGCCUUGUAUUAGUCACUUUGCCAUUGGCCAUUGUUGCUUUUCUGGCACUGAUUCUGACUUUCUGGUUCAGGUAUCGUCAGCGAGAAAACAGUUUACUUGUGUACAACAAGCCUGUGGGGAUCAUCAUGGGACCAAAUGACACUCUUAGUGAUCUCAUCGAGCAGUCAUCUGGCUCAGGUUCCGGCCUCCCUCUCCUGGUGCAACGUACAAUAGCCAAACAGAUUCAACUAGUGCAGAGCGUUGGGAAGGGACGUUAUGGCGAAGUUUGGCUUGGGAGAUGGAGGGGUGAAAGGGUUGCUGUCAAGGUGUUCUUUACUACUGACGAAGCAUCGUGGUUCAGAGAAACUGAAAUUUAUCAGACAGUUUUGCUAAGACAUGAAAAUAUAUUAGGUAAGUGCUUAAGUUUGUAUAAUAUACUCUUUCUUGCAUAAAUUGUGUGUUCAUUUACUCAAUAUUUCGAAACUAAAUUUUCUUUUUUCCCUGGUCUAAUGAAUAUUAGAAGUGUGCAGCUCCCAAUGGGGUUCUUGCCUGACUAAGGCAGCCCUGUAUGACCCUUUCAGUUAUAGCACUUAAUUUGAUUAUUAUAUUUAUUAUUGCCUGAAAAAAUCCAGCAUUUUU